GUCUUUCCCCAGAGACCCGUGCAGUGUCAGGAGGCAGCAGCAGCAGGUGCACUGAGCUUCACUCUCCUUCAACAUGGCGUCCAAAUCUAAAUCAUCCUUCUGCGUGGUGGAGGCACAGAGGUGCUCAGAUUUCUCCUCAGAAAUGACGACCAAGAUGGUGAUUAAGCAGCCGCAGCCGGUGCUGGAGUCUAGAGAGUCUGACGAGUGGAACUCUGGGGUCUGCGACUGCUGGGACGACAAGGCAGAAUGUUGUCUUGUGUUUUGGUGCUGCCCAUGUUUCGCCUGCACCAAGACUAAAGAAUAUGGCCAGUGUUUGUGUCUCCCCUUGCUGGACCUCUGUGGGAUCGCCUCACCUGCUACAUGGGCCAUGAGGGUGUCAAUGCGUUAUCGUUACGGCAUCAAGGGUACCCUGUGUAACGACUGUCUGAUCGCCACGUGCUGUACGCCCUGUGCCUGGUGUCAGAUGUCUCGUGAGAUGAAAUGCCGUUCAAUUCCCAUCGCCUUGAUCGAUGCCAGACCAAAGAACUGAUCCUGAUUCACCUGCGGGGAAAAACAUCUCCCGUCCUGGGCGAAGAACUAAGCGUGUGUUGUAUAAAUGUAUAUAUGUUAUAAAAUGUUCUAUUCGUUACAAUGUUGAAAUCAUUAAGAUGUUAUUACUGUUGUUAAUUCAGAGUUCUGUGAGCUUUACCUACACGUAUUAUAUCUAUUUUUAGUUGUUUAGUUAAUAUUGUGGUCAAAAUAAAAUGUAUGACUUUCUUCUGUUA